AUGGGCAAAUUCAGCCUCAAGAAGGGCGACGACGACGACGAUUCCAGCAGACUCGCUUUAUUCGGCUCUCGAUCGAAGAACAAAUCUCCUGCUCCUCCCUCGCAAAAUCCUUAUGCAUCCCAAAAUCCCUAUGCACAACCGGCUAUUCCUCCUGACCCAUACACGAAAGCUAAGAUGAGUGCUGGGAUUGUGCCUCCCCAAGGUCAAGGAGGCCCUCCAAGGCCUGGCAAUGUCAAUAGCUUGCCCGGCCCGAGUCAACAGAGACCGCCAUAUGGGAGGGACAACCCGUACGGCAGUGCACCGUCAGGUAGUUUUGGUGGGGACAACAAGUAUGGUCCUCAAGGCGGGUUCGGAGGAGGGAGCGGAUACGGUUCAGACAAAUUCGGAAAUCAGAAUGGCUAUGGAGGCGGUGCCCCUGGUGGUAACCCAUAUGCAAGCAUUCAACAGACCAGUGGCACAUCACGGCAGGGAGGGUACGGAGGGCUCGGCUCGUCCAACCUCUAUGACAACGACAACAAUCGCGAUGAGUUGUUUGGUGGAGCACGAGAACGGCUUGAACAAAGACAGCCAAAUCAAGCAAGCGGGCCUCCCGACUAUGAAUACAACGCCGGCGGUGACGCUGGUGACCGUAGCUACGGAGCAUAUGGUGACCGUCAACUUACCGCAGAAGAAGAGGAAGAAGAGGAUAUCAAUGCUCUAAAACAGGACAUCAAGUUCAUGAAGCAGCAAGAUGUGGCAUCAACCAGAAACGCUCUUCAAGUUGCUGCCCAAGCUGAAGAGAUGGGCCGGAACACUCUGGCCAGGCUUGGUGCCCAAGGCGAGAGGAUGCACAACACGGAUCGGAAUCUUGACCUGGGGAACAAUUAUAUCAAUAUCGCCGAGGACAAGACAAAAGAGCUCAAGACGUUGAACCGCAGCAUGUUCGCAGUCCACGUCAACAACCCCUUCACUGCCAAGGAUAGACGUGCGCGCCGAGAUGAGCAGAUUAUGGAACGGCACCAUGCUGAAAGAGAGGCGCGUGAAGCUACCCGGGAGGCGGCUUUCAGGACCACCCAACGGAUGAAUCAAAAUUUCAAGGGCUUGGACGAUGUAUCAGCCGGUUCCGGGACAAAGACAAGUCUGGCUGAAAGAGCCAAGUACCAGUUUGAGGCCGAUAGUGAGGAUGAGGCCAUGGAGAAUGAGAUUGACCGGAAUCUCGACGAGCUCACCGGGGCAGCUAAACGUCUUAAUCUCCUGGCUCGUGCUACAGGAGAAGAGGUGGAGGCCCAGAACACACUCAUCGCUAACAUUGCAGAGAAGAGCGACCGGUUCGAUGAUCGACUUCAUUUCCAGACCGAGAAGCUCAAGAGGAUACGAUAG